UUUUUGUGAACCUCCCUAGAGAAAAGCAAUAUCAUUUACGAGUUUAUUUGUUCUAUUUUGCACGUACAGUGGGGGGAGAGAGAGGGAGAGGGAGAGCGGCGAGGAGAAGAGAGGAGGAGGAAGGCCUCCGGAGAGAUCUUGUCGGAUCGUGACCGAAAUUUUCACAUUCUCAGCUGAUUGUGUGUCAUGGGGAGGGAAGUUACUGGCAUACAUGUUGUGGACACGAGGCCAAAUCGUAUCGUGGCGACUUCAAAUGGCAGUUCCAAUGACAAAGUACAUGUUUCUCCCAGAAUUGCUGGAGUUAAGCUUGACACGAAGGAUCAUGAGGUAAUGGAAUGUACUGAAGUUAAUUCUUUCACUGAGAAAUGCCAUGAGAAAAAGGAUGUCUCGAGUGCUGAGAGCACACACCAGUUUGCUGAUUGGACUGAGAAGAAUGAGAAAUCAGAAGCACAGACGACGGGUGGCAGUAAAAAGCUAAGCUCACCUGCUACAAGAUCCACAGCUGUGGAAUUGGAACCUAUAAGUGACUCUGUUCCACUGUCAUCUGAUAUGGCUGCUGAAAAGAAUGGUUCUGACCCGCUGAGUGUUGGUAGUACUGAAGCUGUUAUGACUGGUUUGAACAUGUCACCAAAUGCUAACAACACAUAUUCACCAAAUUCAACAAAGCAUUUGCAGACAAACUCGCCUUUUUCAUCAAGGAAAUUCCUGCACCAUGAUGAUAAGAAGCACCAUGAUGAUGAUGAUAAUUGGUCUCUUGCUUCCUCUGCUGCAUCUGCCCGCACAGCUAGAUCUAGGGUAACUGUGGGUUCAGCCCCCACAUUUCGAUGCUCGAACCGUGCAGAGAAACGGAAGGAGUUUUAUCUGAAGUUAGAGGAGAAACAUCGAGCUCUUGAAGAAGAAAGAAAUCAAUACAAAGCAAGGCAGAAGGAAGAGGAAGAAGCAGCUAUCAAACAGUUGAGGAAGAACUUGGUAAUCAGAGCAAAUCCAGUACCAAGUUUCUACUAUGAAGGACCUCCUCCCAAGGUUGAACUCAAGAAGCUGCCACUGACUCGGCCCAAGUCACCAAAACUAACAAGGAGAAAGAGCUCCGGUGAUGCUAUCAGCUCAUCUUCGGAAGUUUGUUCGCGGCAGCAGCGUCACAGCCUUGGUAGUCGGAAAGAGGCUUCUAACAGCCCUGUCACUCCAAAAACUAAGGAGCAUGUUCUUGGACGCAAGAGCAAUGGCAGUUGCGAAAAAUCAAAAGUGGGUAAGGAAACAAAAUCAGCACCUCCUAAAAUCGCCCAGCAAACAAAUGCAGACAUAUCAGUCCACUGAUGAGCGUUCAAGAUUUGGCUGACCUCCCGUUGAGAGGAAAAUAUCCUUCAUUUUCUUUUCAUUCGGACUGACUUAUUAAGUGGAUUGUGUUGAAUUGUAUAUGUUUUGUAAGUUAUAUUGGGACUCAUCUUGUUAUAUACGAAGAUAGAGUUAUGAUCUAAUAUGCACUGCAUGUGAUAUUCCGAAUA